AAAAAUAGAUUAUACCCUCCAGUGUUUAUCCCAAUAACAACAGCAUGAAGACAGCGGUGGGGAUCUCUGUUGUUUUGUCCCUCUGGGGGACUGUGACGUCACACCUCUGUCUGGUCACUCCCACACAGCGAGGGGAAAUGGACAUACACCAGAGUGGAAGUUCGACUUGUUUCCGUCACGGCGCCCCGUGUGGAGGGGAGAACCCCACCCAGGGACCUUAUGAGACCUAUACUGGGGGCCAACAGGUGUUUAUUAAAUGGCUACAGAAUUUUAACCAUUAUGAAAUCGGAUAUCCGGGUUAUAUGGAUGUGUCUCUGGCUCCAUACAAUACAGAUGAUUGGCAGGUGCUGGCCUUUGCCCCUGAUGAAUAUGUAUAUAAUCAGGACCAUCAACAAAACUACACAGCGUUCGUAGUGCUGCCAAACAAAGCAUGUGAGCAUUGCGUUCUGCGAGCUCGAUACGAGUCGCAUAAACCUGGGGAGCAGACUUUCUACCAGUGCGCCGACAUCACCAUAAAGGAAUCGCCAAACCUCAGCCCUAAAGUCAGCGAGCCUGUUACCGCGCUGUUACAGCACACAGAGUACCAAAGAGCCUUCAAAAAGUAUUCUGUGAUCACCAAGGACGCAGUCAAUGACGUCAACUAUGACGUGGCCUUAAGGGGCUUCGCUUAUUCACCGUUUGACCCCAACACUUUGUUAAUUGUGAAUGUGACAUUAGAUGGUUCAAUCCACCCGUUUGGAAAGUUUGACAUGCGAGUUGACUUACACAUAAAUAAAAACAAAGACAAAACAAAAGAUUCUUUGAUUACCAAUAAGUUGGUCAAAAAGAGGACACUUUCUCCCAGUUUUAUUCUCGAUUCUCUGGUGACUGUGAACAAUUGGAAUAAUUUAGUUGUAAUGUACAACGCUGUAGGUGAUUACGACAAACCCACGCCUAUGCUGGCUGAGUUUGACACGCAUCAAGGAACAAUGAGUUCGUCACAGAUCGAGGGAUUUGACGGGAGUCCGAUCAACGCAUUGCUGUCUAAUCAGGAUGACUCUUACUACACCUUCAGCAUUGAGGACGCGGGUCAAAAAGGUUACAAUUUCGUUGUCGGACAACUUUAUCUGAUAAAAAAUACCUUACCCUACCACUUCCGGAAGUUAAUAUCGAGCGGACCGGAACCUCUGUAUGUGAAUUAUCAGUGGGCGGAGCUAGAUGUAGAGAGACAACUGUUGUUUGUGUUGAUGGGUAACGAGAACACUCCAGACAAGCUGCUGGCCAAACUCUACACAUACGACAUCAACAAAAAGAAUCUCUCAAGCAUCGUGGAUCUAGAAGUAAGCAUGUACGCAUACAUGAAUUUUCACUACUACAGAAAAACAGGCAUGCUAUAUGCGGUGUCGCCUGGAAUGUUUUACACCCUUGGAUAUCCUUUCUACAGCCUCAUUGAAAUCAACCCGGCUACCGGAAAAAUCACACGCUCAUUCCGGUUCGCAGACUGGGGUUACUUCCGAGGUUACUUUGGAGGCGCCGUGUUUGGAGGUCUAGAUCAGGACACCGGUAUCCUGUAUCACGUGAUGACCAUGCAGGAUACUAAUUCUGAAGUUAUUGCUAGUAUUGACGUCAACAGCGGAAAAGUGACGUACUCACAGAUGACGAACCUGAAGCACGUGCAUAAUCUGGCACUAACAAACAAUAAAUUCAGGCAGACAUAAGUUUGUAUUAAAGUAGACAUAUUUGAAAUAAAAAUUGAUAUGAAAUGGUA